UUUCCGAACGAACAAAAAAAUCGUAGCGGAACAAGGCGUCAUUCGUUGCGUAAUAUUUAUCAUAAACAUAUCGCGCUUCAAGCAAAACCGACAGCAAUGAAUAUCCCGAUCAAAAUUUUAUUGCCGAUGUGCGAUGCAAAAUAUGACGUAUUUGUGAGUCUCAUUACCAAUCUGAUUGGAAGGGUGAAACUGGACGAGCAUCCCGAAGACAACGCACUAAAGGUGGGAUUGAAAGGCGAAAAAUUCGCUGUUGAGCUGGCAGAUUUAACGGACGCGUGGUUCGAAAGCAGCUCGAUUGUUCAACGAAUCCGUCGAAACAAUCUACUUGGUUACUGGUCGAUUGCGCAUUUUCCGGUCGUAGGAAAAAAAUUUUUCGGGUUAAAAUGGGAACCACCCCAGAGAGAAGAAUUAGAAAUUGUUGGCAGCGAGGAAAAGAUGUGUGCUGAAGAAAUCGAUGAUUUUGUGUCGAAAAAGCUCAAACUUCGUUUGAUUGAGCUAAGCGUGAGCCAAAGUACUCUACAGAAGCUGAGACUUUUCGUCGUCGACAUACCUGCUGACGCUGGAAAGAGAAACCAAUCGUCGAUUCCACCAGGAAUGAUGUCCUAUGAAAUCGACGAUCAUCGUGCCGGCGAUUUUUGGCAGCUAAUCAAGCUCGGUUUACCGAAGAUGUCAGGACCACAACGACAAUCGAAACGUGAAAUCGAAAGUAGUGUUAGUCCAAGCAUGGGUCCCAAGCCUGCGAAAAGGAUAGUUCUUGAUGUCGGUGUCUCGACUGAUUUCAUUUCCACAGCCGGCGACGGUGAUACUGGCAAUUCCGAUCCCAUCCACGCCAGUUUACGGGAAAUUCGAGAAGAAAUUGGACAAUUGAGUGACUUCGUUCGGUCCGCACUGACUACACGUAACUAUGAGUCAGUCAGCAGUCAAGACAGCUUGCACGUGAUUGUUCUAAGCCAAAAAGAAGAAAUCACUCAAUUAAAGGAAUCGGCACGAAGUCUUCUUGCUUCCAAAGAAAAUCUAUCGGCUGAUGUGUUAGCUCUAAAAGAGCAAAACAAGCGUCAAUCAGAACUCAUCAGUGCGCUACAAGUGGGAGUCGAAUCAACAUCAAAACUGAAAAUUCAGGCUGAGCAUGAUCUGGCAACGAAUGUGACAGCAGUUGAAGCGGCGAAAGAUACGAUUGAUUACCACAUUGCUGAAAACCGAAAACUUGUUGACGAGUCCUAUAUAUUGAAGCAAGAGGUCGAUUCGAUGAAACAGAAGAUUGCGAAGCUAGAAAGCAAGAAUCGGAACGAUCUGGCCCAGGCGGAAUCGGAAAAGCAGGACAUGGUAAAAGAAAAUGGAAAUUUAAAGGAAAUGCUGGUGCAGCUCGAAAGUGGAAGUUCUCGUAUGACUUGCGAGGUAAAUGACUUGCGAUCGUCCACAGUAGCAUUGAAUGCCGAAAAUCAAAGACUGCGGAAUGAAUUUAAUGAAAACCAAAUCGCGAUUGAAGGAGCUAAGCUCGAGAUUGCGUUCCACAUUGAAGAAAACCGCAAACUACUCGAAGAGCGCCAGUUUUUCAUCGCUGAAAUCGAUUUGACGAAGCAAAAGGUGGCGAAAUUGGAAACGAAAAAUCAGGACGAGGUUGCGCUGUUAAAAUCGGAAAAUAUUGACCUUAAUCACCGAAAUAGAAAGUUAAUGGAAGACCUUGAGAAGCUUCGAGUUGAAGCGGAUUCCACCGUUGCCGAGCUCAAACGUACAUUUGACGAGGUGCACUUGUCGCCCAUCGCAAACACAAGAAAAUCAGACAUGGAGACACAGACGGACAUUAUCGAGGUUGAAGCUGUGCCAGCUGAAGUCGAUGGUGGUGGACCGAAUUCCACUGAACGGAACGUUGACGAAAUGAGUAAGGGCACACAAAAAAGCUGCAUCGCUGACGAAGAAAACGGUACUGGUACCGAUCUAUUCUGGGACAACACUGUCUCGAAAUUCGAAGAGGCAUCGAUUGAAUCGAACGUCUCCGGUGCGGCAUCUGUUGGAACGAAAAACCCUGCACAAAUUAAAAAGGAUCCGUUUAACUCUCAAUCAGAGUUCUCAACUGACGAUGAAGUCGUUACUACUUUACGUCCGAUUCUCCAGAAACUAAAAUUCGGUUGGAUGACUUUUCAACCGAAGAAAAAUGCUAAAUUCGUUCCUGGUUUUGUACAUCCGCCGGAUGCAGAUGGAAUACCAAGAGCACAAAAAGUCACUGCAAGCGGUUUAGUUGGGGACACGAAAAACACAUUUUUCGAGUUUUCGGAAAAUAUCCCUGCCGAUCGGGUGGACAAAGCAGGAGUGUCAUCACUAAAAAAGUUGAACGCCCGGUUCAAUUUCUCGCUUGUUUAAAACUGUGUCGCAUUUAAUAUUAAAAGAAAACAUUUCUCCAGACGUUGUAAUUCCGUCAUGUUAUUUU